GAAAAAGAAAAAGAAAAAGAGCGCCUAUACUCUACAGCUUGCCACGUUGGAUGCACUUGGAAUGUCCCAUUAGCAUGCAGACGGGUGAAUCAUCCGGUUCGGAGCCGAACUUGUUAAAUUCAGCUGCCUUUCGGAGUCGGAAACACGUUUUAGCGCAUAACUUGUUGCGCGCUGUCAUUAACUUAAGAAAGAGAAAGCCACCCGAUCUCCGAGCCCAUCAGGGAUGUCUUACAUGCUUCCGGUGUACUCCGUACUGAUAUAAAAAUUCCAAACGGCUGGGAUUGUGAGUUUUUCGGGUAGUGGUUGCGAUGGUUGAUCGAACGGACCUGGGCAGCAGUUCUGUCAAGAAUGCACAGACCAUCAUCAGCGACUGGCUCAAUCUAGCCGAGACCCAUCUGCGCCUAAGUUCGACGGACUACGAUGUUCCGAGAAGCAGCAAAAAUGUGACCGCGGAGGCCCACGUUUUCACCAGCCACCGGGUUGACAGGAGGUACCAUCCUGUGAUUGUUAUGGAAUUGUGCCGACAAGUUUUACGGUUUCAUGGUUCUCAAGCGGUUGGCUCAUGGCGAGAAUGGACGAGGUUGCAAGCUGGGGAGGCAACACAAUUUUCCCUUUCGGCUCUCCGCCACGAUGUGCCCCUUGUCACUCGUAUUGACUCAUUAUUUUAUGUCCAAUUUUUCCUGCAUAACUCGCGAGAACCAGCCCGGUUUUAAGCCCCUAAUGCGAUUGAUAAUCAGCUCCCCAGACGGGCAUCGACUUCGACAGCUUUCUCCAUGAUGCACUAGCUUUUCGUUUCCUUGCAAAUAUAUUCAUGCUUAGCACUAUUUAUAUAUCGAGAAUAACCAUCCAUCAACCCCUCUUUCCUCGUGGUGCGAGAGAAUUCACUGUGAAUAUUGCCUGUUACUUCAUAUCAUCAACCUCUUCUACUUUUUAA